GUUGCCGCCUGCCGCAAAGGCCAUUGAUCUGGCGCUGAAGCAUCCUCGCUGAGGGCUGGCUAAAGCGGCCAUCUCAGCGCUGCCUGGUUUUCUAGCACCCGAGUGCCCCGCAUUAUGCAGCUUCUUGGUCCUGAAGCAGACCAGGGUAAAGCUGAGCAGUUGCUGCCCCUUACGGAUCACCUGCAACCACAUCUCCCAGUGCCCAAAAUGAUGAUGCUUUAUUAACAAGCACCUUUCUGUUGCUUUGCUUGUGCUGGGCAUCUUGCUUAGCCACAAAGCUGUAUCCCUUCUGAUACUGUCUUGAUGGAAAGCCAUAGUUGGAUACCACGAUUUUGGUGCCCGGAUUUAUCUGCAGGGACUGGCGAUGCAGUCAGAUCUUGCUUUGAGCUGCAGUUGCAAACCUUAAUCCAGAGAUCAUCUUUCUUUGGUGUUCUUGUGACGUGAUGACACUUGCAGGACUGUAGAAUUGGAGCAGGUUAAAUCUGAGGAGUUCUUCAUCAAACGAGCUAACCUUCAAGUUGAAAUGUCUAGUAAUAUGCUUUGUUGUGACCAAGUCCUUGCUGCUGACCUGCUGUUUGCCCAUCUUUCUAAUGGGUAUGAGGUACUACUUCAGUAGAAAAGUUAUCCUCAACUAUCUCGAUUGUGCGCUGCAUACGGACAUGUCUGAUAUUGAGCAAUAUUACAUGAAACCACCAGGCUCCUGCUUCUGGGUGGCCGUGCUGGACGGAAACGUGGUUGGAAUUGUGGCUGCGAGAGGCAACGAGGAAGACAACACGCUGGAGCUGCGCCGCAUGUCUGUAGACUCCAAAUACCGCGGCAAAGGGAUUGCCAAAGCCCUGGGCCGCAAAGUGCUGGAGUUUGCCAUGCUCAACAACUACUCUUCUGUCGUACUGGGAACCACGGCUGUGAAGGUGGCAGCCCACAAGCUGUAUGAGUCCUUGGGGUUCAAACACGUGGGCAUCGUUGAACACUACACCCUUCCCGGGAUGACACAUUCCUUACUAGAGAGAGUGUUUUUCCAGCUUCGCUACCACCGCUACCGCCUGCAGCUGCGUGAAGAAUAAAAACAAAACCGCAAAAAUAUUUUCCUCUUCCCCCCUCCAAAACAAAACCGACCUUGUGGUUUUAUUU